UCUUCCGGCGUGCGAAACCCCCACCCCAGUUUCUCUCUGACCGAACCUGGCCAUGGCGUCGCGAACCCUGACCCGAUCCAGGUUCCUAGCCCUCGGCGCCGCCCUCUCCCGCGCCGGCGCCGACGCUGCGCCGCCGCUCGCCGGAGCCCGCGCGCUCUCCUCCCUCCCCCGAUACCCCGCCCCCUCGUCGCCCGCGGCGGGGUCCCCCCUCGGCAAGGUUCUGGGGUAUGAACCAACAUCACACAUCAGAGGCACACAAUUUUUACCUCGCUGGUUUUCUACUGUAGCGUCCAAUGGAUCACCCCUGCAGAAGUCACAGAUCUCGGAGACACAUAAAUCAGUUGCUGAAAUGGGACAGUCUGUAGCACAGAAUUCGAGGGAGGGAGCCACCCCCAAGGUUGUGGCGCACAGCCCACUGGAAGCUGCUAUUGCUAAACCUAGAAGCGGUCCCUUGACAAGUGAAAGCUCUAAAGUAAGGCGAUCGGAGAUAGCAACCCAAGUUACAUUUUACAUGAUCCCAGCUCUGCUUCUUGCCUCGAGAAACAGCAUAAGUACCUCUCUUCUGGUCGGUGCGGUGUUCCAUCAAGUAUACAUGUUCCACAAGGAGAUCUUUCUGGACUAUGUGCACCACGAUAUCACCAGAAAGUGGGCUUUGAUAUACUUCAAGCUGCUUUUGCUGGUCAUGGCGAAGGACACCAUCACAUACUUCAAUUUGUUCUAAGCUCACCCAGUUAGUUUUCCAAGGGACCCGCAAUGCACUCAUCUGUACAAUGAGAAUAAUGAUGAUGGACAAAUUCUGGAGCGCUGGUUCUUCUAUUCCCCUUCCUGAACUUGCAUCAUUUCCAUCUUUUUUCUGCCCCACUUUGCUCUCGUGUUAAGUUUAUCGGUUUUGAAGGGAUUGAUCAGUGACCAAUCAGAUGAUGUCCCUAAUUUGACUGCAGGCCAGUGCAUCCUUGCUUGUAAUAAUAGUAAAUAUCAAACAUGCAACUUUUAUUUCGUAAUUGCUAGCCUGCUUAAGUCGCAAUGAUUCUAUUUUCGAUGAUUAUCAAGUUGUUAUGCUUUA